AUGAGUGCAAACGAACUACAAGCGCUCCUGCGCUUUCUAUCACAAGAUGCAAAAGUACCAUUGGCCACAGCCAUAAGCAAAGCCAAGACACUCCAAACCAGCAACCUCGACUCAGUAGACAAACUCGCCAAAGCCAAACCAGCAGAACUCAAGCCCAUAUUCGAAGACGAAAAACUCAUCAAGCAAAUCAUCGCUGCAGCUAAACGCGUAUCAAAGAAACGAGCAGCUGGGGAUGACGCUGCGGCGACUUCUACGCCACCAAAGAAGAAAGCGAAGAAUGAAAGUCUAUUCAGCGAAGAACCUCUCGCGCCAGCAGAUCUUGAGGAAUCGUUGAAGCUGCCAUAUAGUGAGCUGGGCGCGUUGGAAUUGCAAGAUGUGGUCCUGCAUACGAAUCGCGCGCCACUUGUCCUUGCAUUUCUGGUGAUUCUGUUGAAGCAUACUAUGCCCGAGCAGCCGCUUUCGAGCAGAUUGAGCUUGGCGCAGGCGUACGUGAGUGUGACGAGUCGGUCGAGAGCCGUAUAUCUGGGCAUCGAAAGUGGGAAGAGUGCAGAAGAAGAAGGCUUUGGUGAAGGGCAGCCGGUGGUGACUGUCGCGGGGAAGGAGAUUAAGGUGCUGAAAAGAUGGGGUUAUGAGUGGAAGUCUGAGGUGAAAGAGGAGCAGGAGACGAGCGAGAAGGCGAUCAAGACUGAGGAGGAUGUCGAAACAGAGCCUGUGGUAGAAGAAAUGCCGCCACUUUGGGCACUCGAUCUCGAAGCACUGAAGAAGACUGGCAGUGGCAAGCAGCCCGCUGCUACACAAGCUGGGAAUCACAGCGGCCUUCCUAUCUACACUCCGCAAUCCGCUCGAGCUUAUCUCCUCAAGUCAUUUGACUCGCCGCCAAGCAGCGACGAAGCAGCUUCGAAGAAGCCAUCGGCAGCAGCUCGAGUGGCACUGAAAGAACGAAAUCUUGGGAAGUUGCUGCGAGCACUGGAUCUGUUAUACGAUUCGUGGAGCUCGAAACUCAGCCCAGUCGAGCUAGAUCAGCGCACAUGGAAUUGGUACGUCAAAGUACGCCCACCUGUCGAAGAUGGCGUAGCGGGCUGGGGGGAAAAGAACAAGCUGAAACUCGCUGAUAUUCUGGCCUUGCGUCACGUUCCCGAUACGUGA